AUGUUGUUCGACGCGUUCACAGACCACAUCUUUGAUGAUAUCUUUGACCUUCAUGACCGCUCGAAACAGGCAAAGUCUGCAUGGUUUGCUUGCUGGGGACCUGCCUUUGAAUUAAGGGAAACGGAUACUACUGUUGAAGUCGACGUUGAAGUUCCGGGAAUUCCAAAAGACAACUUGCACAUAGACUUGGAUGGUCGAAAGUUAACUGUUUCCGGAGAGCGUAAACCUGACGAAUCUCAAGCUGGUCCUCUCAUUCGCUGGAGUGAAAGAUGUUUUGGUGUUUUUUCUCGGACUAUAGCUUUGCCUCAAUUCGUUGAUGAUCGGAUGGUACAGGCCUCUUUGAAAGAUGGUAUACUGAGUAUCAUCAUGAACAAGAAACAGACAGAAUCUAGCACGAAAAUUGUUGAAAUCCAAUAA